UGUUUCGCGUUUUAUAUUUACCUCACUCGUGUAUCACAUUCCGUAUAGCGGAGGGGGUGCGAUGUUAGCCAUGGGGUAAAUCUGAAGCAAAUCAAUGGACUUUUGGCGAUUAUUUGUCAUGUAAUCUUUAUAUUAUUAAGUUUACGUUUCAUGGCACUUUUUUUUUAUCUCAUCAAACCGGUUUAUUUAUUUGCUGAUAACAGUCAUUUGCAGUAGCGAGCAAGCUAACAAACACACUACCACGGAAAGAAAUGAAGGGAAAUACCUUUAAAAUAUAGACAAGUAAGGUUACUUCUCUGUUUCGCUACCGAUCUGACCGUUUUCGCUUCGUUAAUCUUCAACAUUUGAUCUCGGAUAUACGAAGAGGCCUGUAAAUGGAUCCAGCGGUUUUGCGUGAAAGUCCUGCGGGCUCAGGAGCACCUUCAGUGGAGGAGAGCGGAGGAAAUCAGCCGGAGGAGGUGACAGAUGAUAGCAGAGAAGCUGAUGGGGAAUCCGAGGAGACCGAGAUGAUGGGUAAAGACUCUGAGAGAUCGAAAAGUCAAGAUGAAGACUCGCUUCAUGAAAAACUGACUGAGGAGGAAUUAGAUCCAAGAAUCCAGGAGGAACUGGAGCGUCUGAAUGAGGCCAGUGAGGAGAUCAACAAAAUGGAACUGGAACUGCAAGAGGUUCGGUCCAGCCAUAGGAGGAUAAUGAAUGAAUCUGUGCUUAAACUCAAGGCGAAAAGUUCAGAACUGGGGUCCUGCAUUGAGAAGGCCAGGCCAUACUAUGAGGCACGAAGGAAAGCAAAAGAGGCCCAGCAGGAGACCCAGAAAGCUGCACUCAGCUUUGAGAGAGCUGUGUCCAUGCACUCGGCUGCUCGAGAGAUGGUCCACGUGGCCGAACAGGGUCUCACUGCAGUCAAGACACUGGAUCCAACCUGGCAAGAGAUGUUGAAUCACGCUACCUCAAAGGUGAACGAGGCGGAGGAGGAGCGCAUGAAGAGCGAACGGGAGCACAUGCGUGUCACCCAGCGGUGUCAGGAGGCCGAAGCCCGCGUGCAGGAGCUGCAGAAAUCACUGAAGAGAUCCAUCAUCAAGUCCAAGUCUUACUUUGAGCUCAAGGCUCAGUUCAAUGACAUUCUAGAGGAGCACAAGUCAAAAAUUUUACUGUUAGAGGAGCGUAUUUCCAAAGCCAAGUUAAACUACUCCAGCACCCUGCGCCACCUGGAGCAAAUCAGUGAGGAGAUUCAUGCCCAGAGAGAGCAGGACCAACCAAAGAAUGGACCAAUCAAACCGUGCGGUGGGCGGAGCCCUCCUGUAGGAGCAGAGACAGUCAGCAGCACAGGCACCGAAGGCGGAGCCUGCGGAGGCUACCCAAGACCAAACGAUUGGGUGGAGGUAAAAGAGAGCGUGGCUAAUGCCAGAGAGUGGGUGGAGACACAUAAGAACUCCAGGUGGGUGGACAUGGGAAGAGCAGACGUGACACGAUCUGGUUCAGACUCUCUCUCCAUCGUCAGCCUCCAGACCAUCAUCUCUGAUCUCCAAAAGUGUGAUUCGGUCGAACACCUGGGCCACCUCAGCAGCGACGUCAGUCUCUCAGGGGAAGAAGGGGAGAGAGAUGGGCUGGAGAAUGAUAAAAAGCGAGUGAGGCAAAAAAUCGCAGACAUUUCAGAGGAGUUCCUCAAACAACACAUGAGGAGUGUCAGUUUAUGAGUGCGUCCUUGAAUAAUGCUCAUCGUUUUUAUGCUGUUUCUUGACUGACAGAGUAACUCAUAAUUUUUAUUUAUUGUUGAGCUUUUAUCAGUACUUUAAUAGGAGAAAGACCAAAAGAAAAAUCUUAAUGUGUAUAUAUUUCUGAAUUUUUUUUUUUUUUUAAUUUGAGAGAGAGAGAAAGAAGUUUUUUUUUUUAUUGUUUGGUAUUUCAAAUCAAGUGGUAAAAGACUGACAAUAUUUGUAAGGGUAGCAACCCUGCAGUUUGAUUAACCUAAUCGUAAUAUUUCUUUUUCAUCCUAAUCAGUACCUAAUGUUUUUCUAUGCAAAUGUAAAAAAAAAAAAGUGUCUUAAUAAACACACUCUUAUUAUAAUCUCUAUUGCUGACAUGAUAAAAUAAGGCCGUUUUGCUUUAUACUUUUCAAAUUCUACUGACCACUGGUGAGUUUUGUUUACUGACAUAAUCACACUAUUUGCCUUUAAUCAUUAGCUAAUUUUUGGUUCAAAAAUGCCACUGUUAUUUUUCUUAAUUUAAAAUGUAUUUUUUUUUUUUUUUUACAUUAGUCCCAUGCUGACUUAUAAAAUAGUGGUUCACAAAAACUGCUUUGUGCCCAAGUGACAAAUGCAUGCAUGAGGUUUGCUUUAUGUUAGUCUUGUUUGCAUUAGUGCACUCUGGCCUUUUCCUCAGAAGAAACAUUUAUUCCAACCGAAAUACAGGUUUUGUGUAGUUGGAGAGAUGAAGCGUCGUUUCUCAAUUGCAGGCUUUUUAAAAUACCUGCCGCUGAACAUUUGAUGUUUUGCUGUUUAUGACAAUCACUUUUCUAAGUUUCAGAAUUUAUUUUCAGUUCAUGCAUUUUCAGCUGUUUUUGAAUGCUGUCUUCCUCAUUUUUUGAGAGGCUAUGUUCAUUCAGUGUGCUUUAUACAUCUUUGCUAACCCUCAGUGUGAGCAUUGGAUGUUGAUAUUAUCGUCUUUUAAUAGUGUUCUGUAUGAAGAUGUGCACAGUCUUGACAUUUGUGACGUCUGAUGGAACAAUAAAUAUGCAUGUAUAAAUUCA